UGUUAAUUAGAAGUCAAGUGGAAAUUGGAAGCAGAUAUUGUAAGAUUUUAAUAGAGAAAUUAGCAGAUAAAUAUAAAUAAAAUGUCGGAGUUGAAAUUUGAGUCGAAUUGCAACAACUUUAAGCUGGAUGCAACUGAAAAUCUGUUCAGCAAGCUGAGCUGUGAAGAGGAGCAGGAUUCAAAGGAUGAGUUAUUUAUGAACGGCAUUCUCUGUGAAAAUGAGAAGUCCUUCAAGCUGGAUCUGGAGCAAGUGCAGCGUCGUCAGAGCAUUGUGUUUGAGAAUGCGCAGGAGAAGGUAACGGCUCUCGAGAAUUUGCUGAAGACUGUGGAUCCCGGCUGGAGCAAGCAGCCGCCCAAGGCAGUGACCACACCUCGGGAGUGUCCUGCCCCUCAAGCCUAUCGCUUCAAGGACAUCUAUCAGUUGAGGAAGCAGCAACUGUUGCGCCAGCAUCUGGAACAGGAGCGUAAUCAGCGUCAAUUUCACAGUCGUCCUAUGCCCAACUUUCGUCAGGUGCAUCAGCAACAGGCCAAUAGGCAAAUUGUGCAUCGCAUCACGCAUCCUGUGACUCCAAAUGUCCUGAAGACCUCACGCAACAUGUUGCUUAAACGUACUCAGAAAAUCGAGCAGUUGAUUCAGCAGCGUGAACAGGAGCAAAAACUGGAACUGCAGCUGCGUCCGAGAACAAAACCUGCUCCCAAAUUCAAUGCGAUUCCGCUGAGGCCAGUCAAUGGUCAAUCCACCUCGCAUUUGCAGCUCAUCCCGAAACCCUUUCGUCUCUCCACCGAACUUCGGGCUGAGCAACGCAAAAUCUUCAAUGCCCAUUCCCAGCAGAUGCAGGAGAAUCGUCGUCGGGAGCUGGAGGAGCAGCGAAGGCGACAGGAGCAUCUGGAGUACCAAAAGCGGCGGGAAUUGGCCACAUUCCGUGCUCGACCCAAUCCCUUUCGACCUCAACUUUAAAAUGUCCUUAUCUAUCUAAACACUUUUGUUUUUUUUAUUAUUUUUCAUGGCAUUAAUUUGUUGUUUAGUUAAUUGUUAAAUUGUUGUUCUUGCUUAAUUAUUGUUCAGACAUUUUCGAUGCAUUAAAAAAAAUUAUUUGAAGACA